AUGAGUGAAAAAGACACCGCAAAUACAAAAGAAAAGCAGAACAAAUACGAUGAAUUGAUAAUAGCGCAACAAGAAAACAUAAAAAAGCUUGAGAAGGAAAUAUCAAUGCUGAAAAAGAAUAUCGAAAAAUAUUCAUCAACCCUAAGCAAAAGUAAAAAGCGCAACGACGAAGUGGGAAACAGCAUCGAGAAGAUUUUCGAAGGCGAGAAAGGAAAAUUCCGGGAAACGCUAGAAAAAUUCUCAGAAAUUUUAUUCGACGUCGGCAAGUAUAAAGAGAAGCACGUUUGUAUGAUUUAUGAUAAGGUUAUCGGGGAAUUAUCGCUGUCGCGUUGUCGGUGUAAGCAAGCUACUUUUAAUAUCGACUUUGCUCUAAAGUCGCAAAAAGAUGAAAUGCGAAAGGAGAAGCAUCUGAAAAAGAUAAAAGAGACAGAGCCUUUGGACAAACAGAAGUUUUCAAAAGCACAGUCCACGCUUCUCGCGUCCGUCGUCGAAACGGAAAAGGCAUUUCAUUGUUUAAAAGAGGAAUUGGAAUCAUUUGAUAAACAACGUGUCGACGAAUUGCGUGCUGUCCUGCUUGCGUUCACUGAAAGUGAGCUGAAGUACCACUCGCACGCGUUGGAAUUGUAUUCGAGGGGUUUUAAUAUGCUGAGGCAAAAUGGUAAGUUAGUAGGUUAG